AUGGACUUCCACAAGCUCCUCUACACCAUCAGUGAGGCUCUGGCCACAGAAGACCUGGUGGCUCUGAAGUUUCUAAGCCUGGAACACAUCCCACUGCGGAAGCAGGAAGGCAUCCGUGAUCCUGAGGCCUUAUUCCUAACACUCGAGGAAAAGGGCAUGAUGGAGGAAGACAAUCUGUCCUUCUUAAAGGAGCUGCUGUUCAGGAUAAACCGCAUAGACAUCCUAACUGAUAAACUGAGCUCCAGCAGAGAGGAGAUGGAGAGGGAGCUUCAAAUUCCAGGGAGGGCAAAGGUAUCUCAGUUCAGGUACCUGCUCUUCCAGCUCUCAGAAAACAUAACAACAGAUGAGUUGAAAUCUUUGAAGUUUCUUCUGAUCAAAGAGCUUCCGAAGUGCAAGCUGGACAAUGAGAUGACACUGAUCGAUGUUUUCAUUGAGAUGGAGAAGAAGGGACUAUUGGCAGAAGAAAACCUAGACACCCUCAAGAUUAUUUGUGAGAAAAUUGACAAAAGCCUUCUGAAGAAAAUUGAAGAGUAUGAAUUAGACCGAAAUGUGGAAAUGUACAUCACGGAAGGACAUGGAGGCCAAACAGGAGUCUCUGAAGUCCAGGACAGCCUUUGGCCUUCUCAGACUGCAUCGGAUUCUCCAGGCAUCCAAGAAGAAAUCCAGCAGCCUGACUUGUACAAAAUGAGCAGCCGGCCCCGUGGAAUCUGCCUGAUCCUGAACAAUCAUGACUUUACAAAAGCAAGAUCAGAGGUGCCUAAACUUCAAAACAUAAAAGACCGGAACGGAACAGACGCCGAUGCAGCGGCUCUGAGAAAGGUCUUUACCAAACUUCACUUUGAGAUAGCAGAACACAAAGACCUCACUGCAGAGCAAAUCCGUCACACAGUGCACGUCUACAGGAACAUGGACCAUCGUGACCGGGACUGCUUUGUUUGCUGCAUCCUCUCCCAUGGUGAUAAAGGCAUCGUAUUUGGUACUGAUGGGCAGGAAACAUCUAUCCAGGCACUAACCACUUCUUUCACUGGCAUGAACUGCCCCUCACUUGCUGGAAAACCAAAAGUGUUCUUCAUUCAGGCCUGCCAAGGUGACACAUUCCAGAGAGGGGUACAUAUAGAAACAGAUUCUACAGAGCUGGAUUCUUCUGUAGAGGCAGAUGCAAGAUUUCAACUGGAGUGCAUUCCAGAUGAGGCAGACUUCCUGCUUGGAAUGGCCACUAUGAAGGAUUUUGUUUCCUACAGAAGCACAACCCAGGGCACUUGGUAUAUACAAUCACUGUGCGAGCACUUGGAGAAGAGCUGUCCACGAGGAGAGGAUAUUCUCUCGAUCCUGACAGCAGUGAACCGGGAGGUGAGCAGGAAGAAUGACAGGCUGAACCAAGGGAAGCAGAUGCCACAGCCCAGUUUCACACUCAGGAAAAAACUCAUCUUCCCAGUCAACUGAACAGGGAACUGUAGUCACCCCAACUUGAAAUCUGCUAUGGAAAAGUCUGCAGUCAGUUCUGGACUUUCGUUUGUUACAAAAUUAGAGCUUUCAGUAUGUGCUCUCAGCUUGGGAACAAACAUACCUUUUUUUUGAAAUGUAGCUUUCCAGAGAGCAGGCUAUUUCAUUAGAAGUGUUCACUUUUUGUAGUCUGUCAGAACUGUGAGUACAACCAGGUUGCUGGAUAGCUCAAUGCUCUCACCAG